AGUAAAGAGGCAUGCAACACUCCCUGUGUCCUGGUUACAUAAAAAAACUCUUAUUGAAAUAUAAGUAACAGAUUUAACACUGGCGAUGAGGAUUAAACUGUUCUUCAGCAUGGCUCCAGGUAUCAGUGGAGCACCAGUGGGCUGACACAGCACAAUUGUGGGGUGCAAACAGGAACAACUCAUUCAGACUUUCAGCAGCACCUAACUUGAAUAAAAGGAGCACCCAGUCUUGCCAAUGCUAGGGUUCUAGUUACUGGUGCCAGCACGGGCAUUGGGGAGGAGAUGGCAUACCAGUACGCCAGAGCAGGAGCGAAUCUUGUACUGACUGCAAGGAGGGAGCAUGCCCUGGUCAAGGUGAGAAACAAGUGUCUGGAGCUUGGGGCAAAGACAGUGUCCCUGGUCCUUGCUGAUAUGGGCUCAUCAGAGGCACGAGAGAAAGUGGUGGAACAAGCAAUCUCUGAGAUGGGAGGAUUGGAUCACCUGGUGUUAAAUCACAUUGGCACAACCCCGUUUGAGAUGUGGAAGGGAGAUGUAGAUCACACACGAUGGUUAAUGGAGGUAAACUUCCUCAGCUACGUUCACCUUGCCACCAGGGCGCUGCCUCACUUGACAGAAACAAAAGGCUCCAUUAUUGUGCUAUCGUCUCUCACAGGUAAAAUUGCCACACCCUACACAACAUCUUAUGGUGCUACAAAAUUUGCUCUGGAUGGUUUCUUUGGGGCUCUGCGACAUGAAUUAGCCAUGCAAAAGAUCCCUGUCUCCAUCACAAUGUGUAUCCUUGGGCUCAUUGAUACGCAAUCAGCCAUGGAGAAGAUAAAAGAUAAGAUCGCCAUGACUGCUUACCCUGCCCAAGAUGCUGCCUUAGCAGUGGUGUCAGCUGGAACAACACGCCAACAGGAGAUGUUCUAUCCCUGGUAUGUCAGACCUGUAUGCUUCUUUAGGGACUGGUUUCCACAAAGCAGAGACUGGGUUAUGCAUAUGUCAUACCAAUACAAACCAGAAGGACUUACUGUACCAUCCUGAGAGGAUCUCUUUUGUCACAAAGUCAUGCUCUGUUAAACACGUUCUUGUUUCCAUUUACUGUAGUUCAACACAAAUAAAAAAAAUCAACUUAA